CACUGUCACCUUCAUAACCUCCAGCAGCUCCCUCUAUCAGAGGUGGAGCGUUCGUUGUCGACCAGUUGGGAUUCUGCGUUCCUGCACAUCGACAUCUUCAGACGAAGAGAGAAAAAGGCAAACUUGACUAUAAUGGAUCUGCCUGCAGUUAAAAGGCAUUCGCUUACAUUGGGCUUGCUGCUGCUGCUCGCUCUGAAGCACAGCCUCACUUCUGACGGAGUGAUUCCCAUCCUCCGUCACUGUUUGGAGGACGCAGACUACAAGGAGCUGCUGCUGACAGCUAAAAACGGCCUCCCACACAUAACCAGCCCUCAUCAUGUCGUCAUCGUUGGAGCCGGGAUGGCAGGACUCACAGCGGGAAACUUACUGAAAGAUGCAGGACAUCAGGUAACUAUCCUGGAGGCCAGUGGACGAGUUGGAGGACGGGUGGACACCUACAGGAAUGAAGAAGAGGGCUGGUAUGCUGAGCUGGGGGCCAUGAGGAUCCCAAGUUUUCACAAGAUUCUCCACUGGUAUAUUCACAAGCUGGGCUUGAAGCUCAAUAAAUUCAUCAUGAACGACAACCAAACGUUUUACCUGGUGAACGGACAGAAACUCAAGACGCUAAAAGGAAAACAACACCCGGAUUUGCUGCAGUACAACCUAAGAGGAAAUGAGAGGCAUAGAUCAGCAGAUGAACUUCUCCAACAGGCUCUACAGAAGGUAGUACAUGAAAUUAGGAUUCAUGGCUGCAAAGCGAUAAAAAAGUUUGAUCACUACUCUGUGCAGGAGUAUCUGAAUGAAGAGGGAGGUCUGAGUGGAGAAGCCAUCAGGAUGGUUGGAGAUCUGCUUAACGAACAGAGCCUCAUGUUCACAGCCCUGACGGAGAUGCUCUAUGACCAAACGGACGUUAGUGACCAUAACACGUAUGAUGAAGUGACUGGUGGAAUGGACCUACUCCCCACAGCAUUUGCGAAAAACCUCACAAGCCAAAUCUUCUUAAAUGCAACGGUCAAGCACAUAAAGCAUUCAGAUAAAGGGGUCACGGUCACAUUUCUGAAUCAGUCCACUGUGGCUCAGCUUCCCGCUGACGUUGUCCUGGUAACCACCACAGCCAAAGCAGCCCUCUUCAUAGACUUUGAGCCACCUCUUUCCAUCAAGAAGAUGGUAGCUCUGAGAUCAGUCCACUACGACAGCGCAACCAAGGUCUUUCUCACCUUCAGCGAGAAGUUCUGGGACAGAGAUGGCAUCCACGGAGGAAAGAGCGUCACAGACCGACCAACUCGCUUCAUCUACUACCCGAGCCACAAUUUCACAAAACAUGACAAGAUAGGUGUCCUCCUGGCUUCUUACACCUGGUCUGAUGACUCCCUCCUCUUCCUAGGUGCAAGUGAUGAAGAUGUGAAAGAGCUGAUUUUAAAUGAUCUGGCACUGAUCCAUGGUGAUUAUAUCAAAUCUCUCUGUACUGGAGUUGUGGUGAAGAGGUGGAGUGCAGAUCCUUACAGCAUGGGUGCCUUCGCUCUUUUCACACCCUACCAACACCUGGAAUACACCAAGGAGCUCUUCCGAAAAGAACCGGGGGUUCACUUUGCCGGAGAACACACGGCCUUCCCGCACGCUUGGAUCGAGACGUCCAUGAAGUCUGCCAUCAGGGCGGCUGCAAACAUCAGUAAAGAGGCGCAAAAGGAGUCAGUGAGAGGUCCAGACAGAGAUGAGCUGUGAGGUUUUGAGUCUGGGGUUACUAUGGCAACAUGUCAUAUAGUUGUAACCAGAGGUGGAAAAAGUACAAAAAUAAGUAAAAGUAAAAAGUACCUCAACUUAAAUAUAAUAAAGUACCAAAAGCACAUGGUGUAAAAUGUACUUAAGUACAAAAGUACAAAGUACAAAGUAAAAAGUACAAAGUACAAAGUACAAAAUUCAAAGUACAAAAUUAUUUUCAAAAGGAUUGCAAAGAAAUGAAGAAUCCAAGAAUUUGCUUACAACUCUAAAUAAUGGUGAUAUUAUUCUGACCUCUUUAGCGUUUGUUUCCAUUACCCCAUUUUAAUUUCUCCCUUUGCUCAUCACUGCUGCUGUCCCCCAUUGGCCCCGCUGACAGGUGCACCCCCAGCCUGUAGUAUGCAGUGACAACAU